ACUCCCCUCUAGCGAGCGAGCGAGCGAGCGCUGUCUUUUCCGAUCUCGGGGAAGUCAGAUGACUUUUCCUCUCCCCUAGCUCUCCGUUCUACUGUCCUGGAGACCAUGGCCCCUCUGCUGGCUCUCUUCUACCUGCUGCAGCUGGGCCCAGGCCUGGCUGCUCUCUUCUGCAACCAGAAUGUCAAUAUCACCGGUGGUAAUUUCACCCUCAGCCAUGGCUGGGCCCCUGGGAGCCUCCUCAUCUACUCCUGCCCCCUGGGCAGGUACCCGUCCCCAGCCUGGAGGAAAUGUCAGAGCAACGGACAGUGGCUGACACCAAGGUCUAGCUCACAUCACACCCUGCGAUCCUCUCGGAUGGUUAAAGCAGUCUGCAAACCGGUUCGAUGCCUAGCUCCUUCAUCCUUUGAAAAUGGCAUCUAUUUCCCUCGGCUGGUGUCCUACCCUGUGGGUAGCAACGUGAGCUUUGAGUGUGAGCAAGACUUCACCUUGCGGGGCUCACCUGUGCGGUACUGUCGCCCCAACGGCCUGUGGGAUGGAGAGACGGCUGUGUGUGACAAUGGGGCUAGCCACUGCCCCAACCCUGGCAUCUCAGUGGGCACAGCUCGGACAGGCUUGAACUUUGACCUUGGGGACAAGGUCAGGUACCGCUGCUCCUCCUCAAAUAUGGUAUUGACUGGCUCUGCAGAGCGGGAGUGUCAGAGCAAUGGAGUGUGGAGUGGGUCGGAACCCAUUUGCCGACAGCCUUACUCUUACGACUUCCCUGAGGAUGUAGCAUCUGCCCUAGACACCUCCCUCACCAACCUGCUUGGAGCCACCAAUCCCACCCAGAACCUUCUGACAAAAAGUUUGGGCCGUAAGAUCAUAAUCCAGCGCUCGGGUCACCUGAACCUCUAUUUGCUGCUUGAUGCUUCUCAGAGUGUGACAGAAAAAGACUUUGACAUCUUCAAGAAGAGUGCCGAACUCAUGGUGGAGAGGAUCUUCAGCUUUGAGGUAAAUGUCAGCGUAGCUAUCAUCACCUUUGCCUCUCAGCCCAAAACCAUCAUGUCGAUCCUGAGUGAGAGAUCCCAGGAUGUGACGGAGGUGAUCACCAGUCUGGACUCUGCCAGCUACAAAGAUCACGAAAAUGCCACUGGCACUAACACUUAUGAGGUUCUCAUCCGCGUUUACUCCAUGAUGCAAAGCCAGAUGGAUCGCCUGGGCAUGGAGACCUCUGCCUGGAAGGAAAUCCGUCACACCAUCAUCCUUCUGACUGACGGAAAGUCCAACAUGGGUGACUCUCCCAAGAAAGCAGUCACCAGAAUCAGAGAGCUCCUGAGCAUCGAACAGAACAGAGAUGACUACCUGGACAUCUAUGCUAUUGGGGUGGGCAAGCUGGAUGUGGACUGGAAAGAACUGAAUGAGCUGGGUUCCAAGAAGGAUGGCGAGAGGCAUGCCUUCAUCUUGCAGGAUGCAAAGGCCUUGCAACAGAUCUUUGAGCACAUGUUGGAUGUCUCUAAGCUCACAGAUACCAUCUGUGGGGUGGGGAACAUGUCCGCCAAUGCCUCUGACCAGGAGAGGACACCUUGGCAAGUCACCUUUAAGCCCAAGAGCAAGGAAACUUGCCAGGGAUCACUCAUCUCUGAUCAGUGGGUGCUGACAGCAGCUCACUGCUUCCAUGACAUUCAGAUGGAGGACCACCACCUGUGGAGGGUCAAUGUAGGUGAUCCCACCUCUCAGCAUGGCAAAGAAUUUCUUGUGGAGGACGUGAUAAUUGCCCCAGGGUUUAAUGUCCAUGCAAAGCGGAAGCAGGGCAUCUCAGAGUUCUAUGCUGAUGACAUUGCCUUGCUGAAGCUAUCUCGGAAAGUGAAAAUGUCCACCCAUGCCAGACCCAUCUGCCUUCCUUGCACUGUGGGAGCCAACAUGGCUCUGCGGAGAUCCCCAGGUAGUACCUGUAAAGAUCAUGAGACAGAACUUCUGUCACAGCAGAAAGUUCCUGCACAUUUUGUAGCUUUGAAUGGGAACAGACUCAACAUCAACCUCAGGACAGGACCUGAGUGGACAAGGUGUAUCCAGGCUGUCUCCCAAAACAAAAACAUCUUCCCCAGCUUGACAAACGUUAGCGAGGUGGUGACAGACCAGUUCCUAUGCAGUGGGAUGGAGGAGGAAGAUGACAAUCCUUGCAAAGGAGAAUCUGGGGGAGCCGUUUUCCUUGGACGGAGAUACAGGUUCUUCCAGGUGGGCCUGGUGAGUUGGGGUCUUUUUGACCCUUGUCAUGGUUCCUCCAACAAAAACUUGCGCAAGAAACCUCCACGUGGUGUUCUGCCAAGGGACUUCCACAUUAGUCUUUUCCGCCUGCAGCCCUGGCUGAGGCAGCACCUGGAUGGUGUCCUGGACUUUCUGCCACUUUAACAUGGUCACUGACUCCUUUAUUAGUCUGAACUUCCUGUCUAAUACCUCUGAGCGUUCUCACUCCUGGAUACAUAAAUCUUGGGCCCCGGGAGCCCAGAGACAGUGGCAAAAGCUAGGGAAUCCCCAGGAUUGUGCCGGGACCUCUGUGCCACCUGUGAAGCAAGUCUCUCUCUAGUGUGGAUGACCCGUGCUCCUUUUGCUUUCACACGGAAUUUCCCAGUUAUGUAAUUAAUAAAAAUCAAUGAUUUCCACAUCC